GGAAUAACUUUGGUUUGGCGUUUUCUGCGUUCUUAAACUUUAGUAACUGUUUUCAGAUUUAGUAGUUGUGAUAGUUUAUUGUUACCGAAACAUUCGUGGCGAUAUUUGGAGCGUAGAAGAUGGCAUUACUAUCAAGCCUUCUACCUGAGCCUACCCAAGUAACCUAUGACCAGAUCGGCUCAUUUCAACCAACAACAAGAGCUGUUGUCUCGACCAAGUUUCAACCACCACCAUAUGGACAUCGGAAAGGAUUUAUUCCAAGAGCUGAACGUGAUUUUGGUGAUGGAGGAGCUUUUCCUGAAAUUCCUGUUGUCCAGUUUCCAAUGGGAAUGGGAAAAAACAAAAAAAAGUCAGAAGCUCUUGCAGUUCAACUCGAUCCAGAAGGCAAAAUAAAAUAUGAUGCCAUUGCAAGACAAGGGCACAGCAAGGAUAGAGUUGUUCAUUCAAAGUUUCAACAACUUGUGCCCAAGGAAAUUCUCAAUGAAGAUGAUCCUGACCUUCAACGACCCGAUGAAGAAAAAAUAAAAGAGCAAACAGAAGCAACACGGUUAGCACUAGAAAAACUUACAAAUGAAAAGAUUUCUGCUGCAAUGCCAGUUAAAAGAGCUGAACAACGAGCACCUGCACAGUAUAUCAGAUACACACCAUCCCAACAAGGGGCAGGGUUCAACUCCGGUGCAAAACAACGAGUUAUUAGAAUGGUGGAAAUGCAGAAAGAUCCAAUGGAACCACCAAAGUUUAAAACAAACAAGAAAUUACCACAAGGUCCACCGAGUCCACCGGCACCAGUAAUGCAUUCCCCAAAUCGUAAAGUAACCGUGAAGGAACAACAAGAUUGGAAAGUUCCACCUUGUAUUUCAAACUGGAAAAAUGCUAAGGGCCACACGAUUCCACUUGACAAGCGACUUGCAGCUGAUGGUCGAGGUUUACAAAGUGUUCACAUCAAUGAAAACUUUGCGAAACUUGCUGAAGCACUUUAUAUCGCUGAUAGAAAGGCGAGAGAAGCUGUUGAGAUGAGAGCUCACGUUGAGAGGAAGAUUGCUUCCAAGGAGAAGGAAGCAAAAGAGCGUCAACUUCGUCAACUCGCGGAGGAAGCAAGGAAUAAAAGAUCCGGGAUCAGAAAAGAGGACAAAGAUGACAAAGAAAUGAAGGAGAGAGAUGAAAUACGGAAAGAAAGACAUCAUGAACGACAAAGACAACGGAACAUUGAGCGUGCUGCUCCUGAAAAAAGGAGUCGAUUACGAGAGGAACGCGACAUCAGUGAGAAAGUUGCUCUUGGUCUUCCGAAUACAAGAGCUGGGCAAGAAGUACAGUUUGAUCAACGACUUUUUAAUAAAACCAAGGGCAUGGACAGUGGGUUUGCAGGUGGUGAUGAUGAAGGUUAUAAUGUUUAUGACAAAGCAUGGAGAUCCGAAACACAGAUUGGCAACAGUAUUUAUCGGCCAACUAAAGACAAGGACAAGGAAAUGUAUGGAGAUGAUGAUAUUGAUAAACUCAUCAAAAGCAACAAGUUUGUACCGGAUCGUGGAUUCAAGGGUGCUGACUCGUCCCAACAACGAGAAGGUCCCGUUCAGUUUGAAAAAGAUGAAGAUUUAUUCGGACUUAAUAAGUUUAUGGAACAAGCUAAACAAGCACGAAAAAGACCAACUGAAUCAGGAAGUAAAUCGAAAUCCGACCAUGAUAAAAAGAGAAGUCGGAAGGGGGAGUGAAAUAUUCAGAUGGAACAACUGCUUCAACAUUUCUCAAUUGAUAAUCAUAUUACCUGGUGGUUGUUUACACUAUCUCUAUGUGAGCAUACUGAUGUUAAGUUUGUUCAAUAAAUUGUAAAGAAGGAAAUCUAGCUUAACUAUUCAAACAUGGUGUGUCCCUAUUUUAGCGCUUGAACUUCAAUUGCUUUGAACAGUUUUUUGUAGAAGUGUCAACCAUAAAAAAUGUUCUCAUUGCAAAUUGUUUGUUGUUCAUACCGUGUGUAAAAUGAAUUCACAAGAAAUAAAAUAAACUCAAAGAAGACAAGAGA